GACAGGGCUCAAGGAGGAAAGCGCAGACUGCGCCGGCGCGUAGUCGGGGACGCCAGGCCUGGGAUUUUGCUAGGGAACCGACUGUUGUCGCCCCGCCCCCUCGGGGCUUUUUGUCCCGUUAACUGUCGGAGUGGCGGGGGCUCCAGCACCGGGCGACAUGCCGGUGCGCUUCAAGGGUCUGAGUGAGUACCAGAGAAACUUUCUGUGGAAAAAGUCCUAUUUGUCAGAGUCCUAUAAUCCGUCAGUGGGGAGAAGGUACCCAUGGGCUGGACUUAGAUCAGAUCAAUUAGGAAUCACAAGAGAGCCAAGUUUUAUUUCAAAAAGAAGAGUCCCUUAUCAUGACGCACAGAUUUCAAAGUCUCUUGAGUGGAAUGGAGCAAUCUCAGAGAGCGAUGUGGCUACAUCCCCAAAAUCUGAAGCCACAGAAAUAGCAGAACCACAGAAGGGAGAACAAAAAGAAGAUGUUAACCAAGAAAGAGUUCUUGCACUAGAAGCCUCCAGGGUUCCCAAAAGAACCAGAUCUCACUCUACAGACUCAAGAGCUGAAGGGGCUUCAGAUAUUGUGGAAAAUGAUGCAGAUGUAAUAGCAAACCAUAUACCGGUUAAUGAAAAUGAGGGCCUGGAGCAUUCUACCAAACUGCAUUCAGAAAAAGUAGAUAACAGGUUGGAUAGAGUUCUUCGGAAGAAAGCAGGAUUGACUGUUGUUCCUUCACGCGAUAUCUUGAGGAAUUCUGAAUAUCAAAGGCAGUUUGUUUGGAAGACCCCUAAAGAGACUGCUCCUGUUUUUGCAGCCAAUCAGGUUUUCCACAAUAAAAGCAAAUUUGUUCCACAAUUCAAAGGUAACUCAAUCAUCCAUGAAACUGAGUACAGAAGAAAUUUCAAGGGUUUAUCUCCAGUGAAAGAACCAAAAUUAAGAAAUGAUUUGAAAGAGAAUGAAAAUUUUGAAGCAGUAUCUCCUGAAAAGAAGUGUAAUAAAACAGAUGAUCCUUUAAAAUUAGAAGCAGAGAUGGACUCAAAAGAGUCAAACCAGCCUAAAAAGAAGCUUACUCCUUGGAGACAUCAAAGACUUGGGAAGGUGAAUUCUGAAUAUAGGGCAAAAUUUCUGAGCCCAGCCCAGUAUUUGUAUAAAGCCGGGGCUUGGACCCGUGUGAAGGAAAACAUACCAGAUCAGGCUUCUCUAAAUGCCAUGUGGUAUGCAGAGGUUAAAGAACUCCGAGAGAAGGCUGAGUUUUAUAGGAAACGGGUUCAAGGAACACAUUUUUCUCGGGACCAUCUGAAUCAGAUUCUGUCUGACAACAACUGCUGUUGGGAUGUCUCCUCCACCACGAGCUCAGAAGGAACCAUUAGUAGCAACAUCAGAGCUCUAGAUCUUGCUGGAGAUCCUACAAGCCAUAAGACUUUGCAGAAAUGUCCUCCUGCAACACUGGAAGAAAAAAGGCCUGUCUUGGAAGAGCAGCCCCAGAAAAAUACCACAGAGAAAUGGGGCGUGUCAGAUGCUCCCACCGUACCUGUUAGAAGGCGCCUGGCGUGGGAUGCAGAGAACCCCGAUGAAGGCAUGCAGAAACCGCCGAGAGAGGAGGAGGAGGUGGAGGAAGACGAGGAGGAGAAAACAGACAAGGACAAGCAGGUUCACAUGGGAGAGCUGGAGAAGUUGGAAGUACAUGAAAAAUCUAAGGCAGACAAGAUAAAAGAAGAGUCAGAGUCUUCUUCUGUAUCUUCUGGAAAAGGAGGCCGGCUUCCUACUCCAAAGCUGAGAGAACUUGGUGGAAUCCAAAGGACUCAUCAUGAUCUCACCACUCCAGCUGUUGGCGGUGCUGUUUUAGUGUCUCCGUCUAAAGUGAGGCUUCCAGUCCCAGAGCAGAGGAAAAGAAUGUCUUCUCAGGAUGGCUUAGAAACGGCAAAGAAUGACUUUAGGAAGAAAGAAAGUCGCGCCAUAUCCCUCUUGACUUCUCCAGCUGCUGGUAUAAAAACAGUGGAUCCCCUGCCUUUGAGGGAAGAUUCUGAAACCAAUAUCCCCAAAUUUGCUGAGGUAACUCUUCCAGUUUCAAAAAUUCCAGAAUAUCCAACAAACACACCUGGGCAGUCUGCUUCUCCACCCUGUGCUCCAUCCUACUGGCAUCCCUCUCGUCGAAUUCAGGGCUCUUUGAGAGAUCCAGAAUUUCAGCACAAUGUGGGAAAAGCAAAGAUGAACAAUUUCCAGUUGCCUCAGCAUGAAGUCUUUAAUGAUGAAGAUGAGGACAGAUUAUCUGAGAUCUCUGCUCGGUCUGCAGCUUCUAGUCUCCGGGCUUUUCAGACUCUGGCACGAGCUCAGAAAAGGAAAGAGAAUUUCUGGGGCAAAACAUAAUUAAAUGUGUAUCUAGCUCAGUUGCUUAACAAUCUAGGAAAUCAUUGACAUAAUCUUUUUUUUAUUGCUUUACUAUGUUGAGACUUUUCAAGUGUUUGGAUUUUUUCCCAUUUCCUACUUAAAAAGAAUUGGUUGACUUUUCAAUAGCCAAUUCAGUUUACUUGGAAAAUUUUAACACAGGCUCAUACAAAUUCAACUUAAUUCUUUUGACACCUAUCCCAAAGUACAAAGACGUAGAUUUCUUCACGUGCUAUAAGUUUUGUAUCAAGGAUAACUGGUAGAACUGUGAAUUUUGCCUAUCUACAGAAUAUUCUAAAAAAUGAACAAAGUGAAAUAAAAAUUAAGAUCCAACUAUGAAGUAUGUAUUCCUUGAAGAUUGGUUAUGUUUAUCUUUAUGAUUUGUAGAUGUCAUAUGAUGAAUUUGUUGUUCCUGUAUCUCUUGCUGUAGUAUUUCUUUUAAUUUAAUACUUCCAUAUGUGGUUGCAGUGUUAAGACUAUUGUUCUUUAAAUUGAAAAUACGAGCUGUAUAUAUUUUUCUUAUUUAUGUAACAAAAUUUACUGAGAGAAUAUGUAUAUUUUUGAUCUUUCCGUGUAUUCUAUUUGUAUAAGGACUUUGGCUUACAUUUGAAUAAUGUCUCAAUUUUGAAAAAUUAUUUGUAUAACGGAGAGUUAAAACUUUGUAGACAUUUUGAAAUAAAAAUUGAUCAAGUA